AAACCGCCCCAUGUGAUCAACAGAGAGAGACAAAGGUUGGUUUGUAAUGAAAGUCACUAUAACAAAGCUUCCUCGAUAUUGUCCACUGCAAGGAAUUAACUGUCUUGGACAGGUCCGCCAUGAAAUCGCUAUAAAAAAUACCAAUGAUACUUACUCUGUUCCAAAAUUUCCAGACCCACACUAGACUAGACUAGACUAGACUAGACUAGACUAGACUAGACUAGACCAGACUAGAGAGAGCAAUGGCAGCUGCUUUCUCCUGUCCAGUCUUUUUUCCCUCUACAUUUUCUUAUAAUGGAAAUCGAUAUCAUGGCAGAAUCAAGAUCAAAAUCAAUGCCACUAGUUCUACUAAGGUAAAGACGUUGAAUGAAAUUGCUGGAGCUGGAAAAGGUUCCUCUUCACUUGCUACUUCCACUGAAAUCAACCACUUAAGCCAAGAGCAGAUUCGUCAGAGGAUCCCCACGAAAAAGCAGCUAGUUGAUCCUUACCGUCAAGGUCUCAUCAUCGAAAGGGGAGUUGGCUAUAGACAGACGGUUGUGGUCCGCUCCUAUGAAGUUGGCCCUUAUAAAACAGCAACCCUGGAAAGCCUCCUUAAUCUUUUCCAGGAAACAGCAUUAAAUCAUGUAUGGAUGUCAGGACUUUUAAGCAAUGGAUUUGGAGCCACACAUGGAAUGGUGAGGAACAAUCUCAUAUGGGUCGUCUCAAGAAUGCAAGUCCAAGUGGAUCACUACCCCAUAUGGGGCGAGGUACUGGAAAUCGACACAUGGGUUGGAGCAUCAGGGAAGAAUGGGAUGAGACGAGACUGGCUAAUCCGGAGCCAAGCCACAGGCAUCACUUACGCGCGUGCAACUAGCACUUGGGUAAUGAUGAAUGAAAAAACAAGGCGACUGUCAAAGAUGCCGGAGGAAGUGAGAGAUGAGAUUUCUCCUUGGUUUAUAGACAAACGAGCAAUCAAUGAAGAUGUUCCCGAAAAGAUCGUCAAGUUGGACGAUAACGCAAGAUAUGUCAACUCUGACUUGAAGCCAAAGAGGAGUGAUUUGGAUAUGAACCACCAUGUGAACAAUGUCAAGUAUGUAAGAUGGAUGCUCGAGACAAUCCCUGACAAAUUUUUGGAGUCUCAUCAGCUAUCUGGUAUUGUACUAGAAUAUAGAAGGGAAUGUGGGAGUUCAGAUAGAGUUCAAUCGCUUUGCCAACCAGAUGAAGAUGAAACUUUAACAAAUGGAGUGGAACAAAGUCUACUUAAAAAUAUGGUUUUGACUCCUAGAAUCAUGGAAGGAAAUGGAUACCUAGGCCCCCUGGAUGUGAAGUCAUACGGAUAUACUCAUCUCCUCCAAAUCAAAGGGGAUAGUAAAAAUGAAGAGAUAGUUCGAGGAAGGACCAGAUGGAGGAAAACGCUUUCUACAUUGCCAUAUUCCUCUUAG